AUGGACAGCGACGACAGCGACACCGCCAAGGCCAAGGCCAAGGCCGAGCGCAAGGCCGCUAGAAAAGCGGAAAAGAAGCGCCUCGCGGCCGCCGGCGAGCCCGUGCCCGAGAAAAAGAAGAAGAAGAAAGAAAAACGCAAGGCGAGCGAAGACGACGCCGACGCCCCGAAAAAAAAGAAGAAGGCCAAGACCGAGGAUUCCUUUUAUGCGGGCAUGGAGACGGACUCGCGGCCGCGCACGCGGUCCGUCGACGCCCAGGACAAGGCCUCGAAGGAGGCCCUCGCGACCGCGCCGGAAGGUAGCAAAGCGUUAGGUGAUUUCUCCCUCUCGUCCGUGACAAGGCAGGCUUUACAAGCUCGAGGCGUCAAGGUCUUGUUCCCCAUCCAAGCGGCCACAUUUUCGACAAUUUUCGACGAGAAGCGCGAUCUCCUCGCAAGGGCGCGGACCGGUACCGGGAAGACGCUAGCCUUCGCCCUACCCAUCAUCGAGUCCCUGAUCGCUGAGAAGUCGACACGGGAACCGAGGGCGUUGGUCCUAGCGCCGACGAGAGAACUCGCCCAGCAGGUCCUGGGCGACUUCGCGGAGAUCUCGCGGAAUCGACUGAAGACGUUAUGUGUGUAUGGCGGCUCGGCCUACGGCCCGUCCUGCGACGCUCUUAGACGAGGAGUAGAUGUGGUGGUAGGCACGCCGGGGCGGACCAUGGACCUGAUUGAGAAACAGGUCCUGCAGCUAUCCCAGUUGAAAUUCGCGGUCCUCGACGAAGCGGACCAGAUGCUGGACAUGGGCUUCAAGGAUGAACUGGAGAAGAUCUUCGCGGCCAUGGGCAAGACCGUCGAUAGGCAGUUACUGCUGUUUUCUGCUACAUUACCGCCGUGGGUCAAGAAGAUCGCGGGCGAGUACUGCCAGAAUCAGACGUCGUUGGCGGAGAUCGACCUGGUCGGUGGGGGCAAGGACGGCCUCAAUAAAAUAGUGCAAGCCUCCACCGAUGUAAAACAUACGUGCGUGCCCGUGUCGUCGUGGAGUCAAAACCAUAAAGUUAUAAAUGAUGUGGUGGGGGCCUACGGUACUGGUAGUACGAUAGUAUUUUGUGAAACGAAGGCGGAAUGUAAUGAUGUUAUAGAAAGCAAGGACAUCACCUUUGAUCGGAGAGCUCUGCACGGCGACAUCCCGCAAGCGCUGCGCGAGAAGACGAUGAAGGCCUUCCGCGAGAAGAAGUUUUCGGUGUUGGUUGCGACCGAUGUGGCGGCGCGGGGUUUGGACUGCAUUGUUGAUUUAGUGGUGAUGAACAAGCCUCCCGCGACUCGCUCGGGUUGGGCCGACACGGAGACCUAUGUCCACCGGUCGGGCCGAACGGGCCGAGCGGGAAGGAAGGGUACGUGUGUCACGUUGUAUCAAUUGAAACAUAGAGAUACGUUACGCGAAAUUGAGAGAGCGACGCGGAACACCUUCGAUUGGGUGGCCGCGCCGCGAGCCAGGGAUGUCCUGGGUGCGGCGGCGCUGCAGGCGCGUGUCAGUGUGGAGGCCGUCGACCGGAGCGCCCUGCCCUGCUUCAGCGACGAGGCGGCAACCUUAGCAACUUUUUUUGGCUCGCCGGAAAAAGCCGUCCAGGCGUGCCUCGCGAAAAUUGCCGGCUACGAGGCGGGCAAGCCCCCGGACCGAUCUUUAUUAACGAACACGGAGAACUACGUGACGUGCCUCUACGCCGCGGGCCUGCAGAUCCACUCCAUCUCGUACGUCUGGAACUUUUUAAGGAGAAGCCUCCCGCCCGAUAUUUGUGAUGCCUUCAAGGGCAUGCAGCUCGUCGCCGACUCGGACGGCGCCGUCUUCGACGUGCCGGCGAAGCACAAGGCGCAGCUCGAGGGCUUGGAUGGUGUUGCGGUCGACGUGCAGGACCUGCCGCGGCUCAAGGAGCGCGCGUCCUUCUCCAAGGGCGGCCGCGGCGGCGGGCGCGGCGGCAAGGGCCGGGGCCGCGGGGGCCGCGGGCGGGGCAAAGGGGGCCGCGGCGCGCGGAAGUCGUGGUAA